CGUAAGAUGGCGGCGGCUGGAGCAGGCCGUCUGAGGCGGGCGACUUCGGCACUGCUGCUCCGGGCCCCGCGUCUGCCGGUCCGGGAGCUGUCAGCUCCGGCUCGGCUCUAUCACAAGAAGGUUGUUGAUCAUUAUGAAAAUCCCCGAAACGUGGGGUCCCUUGAUAAGACAUCUAAAAAUGUUGGAACCGGACUGGUGGGAGCUCCGGCGUGUGGUGAUGUCAUGAAAUUACAGAUUCACGUGGAUGAAAAGGGGAAGAUCGUGGACGCCAGGUUUAAAACAUUUGGCUGUGGUUCUGCGAUUGCCUCCAGCUCGCUAGCCACCGAAUGGGUAAAGGGGAAGACGGUGGAGGAAGCCUUGACCAUCAAAAACACGGACAUUGCCAAGGAGCUUUGCCUCCCGCCUGUGAAACUGCACUGCUCCAUGCUGGCCGAAGAUGCCAUCAGGGCCGCCCUGGCUGAUUACAAACUGAAACAAGAACCCAAGAAAGGAGAGGUGGAAAAGAAAUGAGCUCCCGGCGAAGCUUCCCGCAGGUCACGUGGGCUGCUUGCCCCUCCGCCGUGCAGUCAUGUAGGUGUUCAGAAGCCCUCUCACUACGAUAUAAAGCACUAUGAGAUCCGCACAACAUUUGCUGUUCACGUUGUGACUCUAAUGCAAGCAAAAUACACAGUCUAGUUGUUCUGAA